GCAUUGUCAUAUGAAGUACUGAAACUCGUCAAAAGAUCUAUGUGUUAUGAACUAUUUUUAACACUGAAAUUCGGCUUUUCUUUCAGUUUUUCUUUCAGUUUUUACCUAUUUAAUAAAGGCCACUGCAUCAUCCCACAUUCAAGUUUAUAAACUGAACAAAGAAGAAGACGUACGAGCCAAAUUGACCUGAACAUUCUCUAGCCUUUAACUUCUCAGAAAUCAUGCACAAGCUGGGCCGGAUCAUACAGGUAAGAAUCUGAUCAUUGCUUUAUUUUUAUUAUUAUGAGUGCACUUCCCUCUCAAAAAAAUAAUGGUCCUUCCCUGACUGUAACUUUUUGGAAUUUGCACCUGCAGGCUUGGAAGAAUAAGCUACCUCCUCCACAAAACACCUUGGUGCAUCACCAUUGCCUGCUUUACACGGGUGCAAGCGCUAUACUCUCUGAAAACCAGCAUGGAAUUUGGAGGUGUGCCGUUUGUAAAAACACAAGUGAAACUCUCAACCAAACAUUCUCCUACCACUGUUUCACCUGCAAUGACUUUGACAUUUGCCGCGACUGCUUCGAGCCGAAGCGACAUCUGAGCCACGUCCAUGAGCUGAAAGUGGUGAACACCUCGCUUGUCUAUGCACACAAGAAUGGCCGCUGGGUGUGCGACAUCUGUGGAAAUGAAAGCAGGUGGUAUGAAAAAUUCGCCUAUCAUUGUUCAGAAUGCGAAUUCGAUGUGUGCCCUGAUUGCUUUAAGCCGCACCCUACGCCAUUACAUGCCCACCCACUGUAUAAGUCAAAAUCGCAGGACGUGUGUUCAGUGUCCAGUGAUUUCUGGAAAUGUGAUAACUGCGGUUCACCUCAGAGCAGCGUCGCAGAUAACAAGCCAUGGCAUUGCCCGACAUGUAAAUACAACCUAUGUCACUCCUGUAUGAGGGCAACGAACGAAGCCUUCGGUUUUAAUCGCCUACCAGACGAGCAUCCAUGGGCUCCAGGACUCCGUUUGACGCCAAUUGAAGUGUGGUGACACUCCAAGAAUAUCGUCCCCCAAUGGUGACAGUUGUAAGAUGCUGUCUGACACUUGGUGUGGAGCAAUUUUUACUAUGCUGAAAGUAAAUUUAGGUUUCUUAUUAAAACAUAUUAAGUCAUGUCAUGUAGCCUUUUUCCUAAACCACUUGGAUAGAAUUCUCGAUCGCGUUCUCAUUGUUAAAGAUUUGGGGGUGAAGUGAAAUGUAAUGCAAGGUCGUUUUUAACGUAGACUAUUUACGAGCCAUUUGGUGAUAAUUUAUUCAUGGGCAGUCGAGACUGAAUCGAUAAUUUUUCUUACUGUAA